ACUGUAACGCAGAUCUACGAAGUGGCUACAACUACUACUGUAGUUCCUGUCCCCUCAAGCUGCAACAACGGGGGUAUUCGAUGGGCGAUCUAUCCAAACGAAGUGUAUAACGACGUUUACUAUAACAGCUUCUACAGCGACUAUGACCCAGCCGUGAUCAAAUCGACACCUCCGUGGUAUCAAGCUACAGCUUCUGUGUGUGGCGGACUAAAUCAAGGCGCCGUCGGCCAGGUCUCCAUCUACGGAAGCACCCGAACCUUCCAAUCUGACUACUUCACCUUGAACCAUGUUGGAUACAUUUUCGCACAAUCCAGUGGCACGUACACCUUCACCUUGAGUGAACCUGACGAUAUCGCUCUAUUAUGGCUCGGGUCAAAGGCAUACUCGGGAUGGACUCGUGGUAAUGCCGAUGCGACCGCUGUAAUUUUCGGCAGUCCUUCGGCUUCCGCUACUGUCAACCUCGUUCAAGGAGAUUACCUGCCAUUCCGUAUUGUUUUUGGUCAGGCCCAGGGAGAAAUCAGCUUCUACCUUUCCCUUACAGCUCCGGAUGGUACCGUGAUCCUGGACAGCACCACUCCUGACUCGAAAUUCCUCGUCCGGUAUUCUUGCGAUGGCUCUUCCGCACCUGAAUUCCCUGCCUUCGGAUCGGAGACUUGA